CACCUUCCUACCAUCAUGCAGUUCGAAGUGAUCGCCAAAUGCCACACGACGCGAGCCCGUGUCGCUCGAAUGAAGCUAGCCCAUGGCGUGACUAUGCUACCCACAUUCAUGCCAGUCGCGACCCAAGCAGCCAUUAAAGGACUCACUCCCCAGCAAGUAGAAGCUCUUGGUGUCACCUUAAUACUCAAUAACACGUAUCAUCUCAAUCUUCGUCCUGGAAUGAAAGUAUUGAACCAAGCUGGUGGUGCCCAUAAAUUCCAGGGCUGGUAUCGGAACCUCCUUACGGAUAGUGGGGGGUUCCAGCUGGUCUCUCUGAGCAAGUUUACGACGAUCACUGAAGAAGGAGCACUUUUUCUAAGUCCUUUUACGGGUGAACCGACAAUGCUAACGCCAGAGGAAAGUAUAGCUAUUCAACAUUCCAUUGGUGCAGAUAUUAUCAUGCAGCUGGAUGAUGUUGUAUCCAGUCUGACUACAGGGCCACGCGUAGCGGAGGCCAUGGAACGAUCCGUCAGAUGGUUAGAUCGAUGUAUUAAACGUCAUGAAGAUUCUGGGAAAAAGUCAACGCAAAACCUUUUCGCAAUUGUUCAAGGAGGUCUUGAUCAUCAGCUCCGAGAUCAGUGUCUCAAUGCUAUGAUUGAGAGAAAAAACGACAUCGCUGGAUAUGCUAUUGGCGGAUUAAGUGGCGGCGAAGAAAAGGAUAUCUUUUGGAGAAUUAUCAAACAAUGCGCGGAUAAGCUACCAGAAGAUCGGCCACGUUAUUCGAUGGGAAUUGGCUUCGCUGAAGAUCUACUGGUCUGCGUAGCUCUGGGUGUCGAUAUGGCCGACUGCGUCUUCCCGACAAGAACUGCUCGAUUCGGUGUCGCUUUAACACACACGGGCCCGCUCAAUCUCAAACUUAGAAAACACGAAGCUGAUAUGAAGCCUAUCGACGAGUCGUGUCCUUGUCCAACAUGCAUCGAUGGGACUUCACGUGCAUUCCUGCAUCAUAUCGUCACACACGAAACUGCUGCUGCACAUGCGGUGACAAUACAUAAUAUCACCUUCCAAGCCCAAGUCAUGGGUCGAGCCCGUGAUGCCAUACUAUCGGGAACAUUCCCGGAUUACCUGAGAUCGUUUUUUGCUGGCUAUUUUGGUGACAGUGGAUAUCCCGAGUGGUGCGUCAAUGCAUUACGCAGCGUAGGGGUGGACUUAUUGCAGGAUCACCCAACAAAACUAAUACCUGGCAGCGGGGCGAAAUGGGAUUAUGCAAAUUGACAUAUUCGAUAG